AUACUGAAAGCAAAAAUAAUGAAUAACUAUAAUGGUACUACUGUAUUUGUAUUUUCCCCGGCGGCAAGGGGUUUCAUAAAACGUUUGAAGUCAAUUACGUUCAAAUUUUUAAAAACCAAUCGUUUUGUUGUUAUAUAUGGUAAACCUCUAAAAUUCUCUCUAUCUUCACCAUCCACCACCGUUAAAAUCCUCGCCGGAAAUAAUGGGAGGAGAUUUUCGUAAUUUCUCCUCCCACGUUUCCAUCCUCUUCCUCAUCAUCCUCCUCUUCGCCGUCAAUUCCAACUCCUCAUAUACCCCGGCAGAUAACUACCUCAUCGACUGCGGCUCCUCCGCCGAAACAAAACUCUCCGACGGCCGUAAUUUCAAAUCCGAUCAGCAAUCCGUCGCGUUUCUCCAAACCGACGAAGACAUCAAAAUCUCCGUCGACUCAAUCCCGAUCUCCUCCUUCUCCAAUUCCACCUCCUCCCUUCCCUUGUACCUAACUGCUCGAAUCUUCGCCGGGAAAUCAACUUACUCCUUCUACAUUUCACGGCCUGGCCGUCACUGGAUCCGUCUCCAUUUCUACCCUCUCAUCCACCCUCUCCACAAUCUCACUAACUCCGUCUUCUCCGUCACCACCGACACCACCGUCCUCUUGCACGACUUCUCAACCAAAGACACUUCCUCCGUCGUCUUCAAAGAGUAUCUAGUCUACGCCUCCGAGAAGCUCUCUCUCUAUUUCAAACCUCACAAAGGCUCCACGGCUUUUAUUAACGCCCUCGAAAUCGUCUCUGUUCCCGACGAGCUUGUCCCUGAUUCUGCUUCCUCUGUUCCUCAAGCUCCUGAUUUCAGAGGCUUAAGCAGCUUCUCUCUCCAGAUCUCUCACCGCUUAAACAUCGGCGGCGAUCUGAUUUCUCCUAAGAUUGAUCCUCUUUCUCGUACUUGGCUCUCUGAUAAACCUUACAACACGUUCCCUCAAGGCUCGAGAAAUGUCACCGUUGAUCCUAGUACCAUUACUUAUCCUGAAGGUGGAGCUACCGCGCUGAUCGCUCCUAAUCCGGUUUACGCCUCUGCCGAGGAAAUGGCCGAUGCCCAAACCUCGCAACCUAACUUUAAUCUUUCAUGGAGGAUGAGUGUUGAUUCGGGUCAUGAUUACUUCAUUAGGCUACAUUUUUGUGACAUUGUAAGCAAAUCGCUUAACGAUCUUGUCUUCAAUGUUUUCAUCAAUAAGCUCUCUGCCAUCUCUGGACUUGACCUCUCCUCCUUAACCAACGCUUUAGGCACGGCGUAUUACGCUGAUUUUGUGCUUAAUGCGUCUGCUAUCACCAAUGGCUCGAUUCUGAUUCAGGUUGGACCGAGUACCAAUCUUCAGUCGGGUAAACCGAAUGCCAUUCUUAACGGUUUAGAGAUCAUGAAGCUGAACAAUGCAGCUGGGAGCUUAGAUGGGCUUUUCGGAGUUGACGGGAAAUACAAAGGGCCUAUUGCUGGGAUGUCGUCCAAGAAGCUUGCGAUUGCGGGUAUUGGAUUCGUGAUGGCUCUAACCGCUUUCUUAGGGGUUGUUGUGUUGCUCGUUAGGUGGCAGAGACGUCCUAAAGACUGGCAAAAACAGAACAGUUUCUCGUCAUGGUUGCUUCCUUUGCACGCAAGUCACUCGAGUUACAUCUCGAGUAAAGGCGGGUCAACGUCAAGGCGUAUGAGUAUUUUCGGGUCCAAGAAGAGCAAGAGCAAUGGAUUCUCUAGCUUCUUCUCUAACCAGGGAUUGGGACGUUACUUCCCUUUUACCGAAUUGCAGAUCGCUACGCAGAACUUCGAUGAGAAAUCCGUGAUUGGAGUUGGUGGGUUCGGAAAAGUGUAUAUAGGAGAAAUCGACGGUGGGACACAAGUCGCGAUCAAAAGAGGGAGUCAGGGUUCAGAGCAAGGGAUCAACGAGUUCCAGACAGAGAUUCAGAUGCUGUCUAAACUUAGACACAGACAUUUAGUGUCUCUAAUCGGAUUCUGUGACGAAAACAAAGAGAUGAUUCUCGUUUAUGAGUACAUGUCAAAUGGUCCUCUGCGUGACCAUUUAUACGGCUCAAAAGAGAAUGACCCUAACCCUAUACCUACCUUGUCCUGGAAGCAACGUCUAGAGAUCUGCAUUGGAUCAGCGCGUGGGCUUCACUAUCUCCACACAGGUGCAGCUCAAGGGAUCAUCCACCGUGACGUCAAGACCACCAACAUUCUCUUGGACGAGAACCUAGUCGCUAAAGUUUCAGACUUUGGACUUUCGAAAGAUGCCCCAAUGGAACAAGGGCAUGUAAGUACCGCUGUGAAAGGUAGUUUUGGGUAUUUAGACCCCGAGUACUUCCGAAGACAGCAGCUCACUGAUAAGUCCGAUGUUUACUCGUUUGGCGUGGUGUUAUUCGAGGUCCUAUGCGCGAGGCCAGUGAUAAACCCGCAGUUACCUAGAGAACAAGUUAACUUGGCAGAGUACGCUAUGAAUUUGCAUAGAAAAGGUAUGUUGGAUAAAAUUAUCGACCCAAAAAUCGUGGGGACGAUUAGUAAAGGGUCGUUGAGGAAAUUCGUGGAGGCAGCAGAGAAAUGUUUAGCAGAGUAUGGUGUUGAUCGGCCUGGAAUGGGAGAUGUGCUGUGGAAUCUUGAAUACGCGUUGCAGCUUCAAGAAGCGUCGGCUCAAGUUGACUUGUCGGAUGAUAAGACUACAAUAAAUAUUGAAAUGGAUUAUAUUCCCGGCGAGGAAAUGCAUUCGGUGCCGUGACGAUGGGUGGUUUCCCAUGUCAAACUCUGUUUGGUUAAUCUUUGUUUUUUUUAAUUCUUCUUCUCAUGUUUAGUUUUUGGCUUUCAGAAAGAUGUAGGAUGAAAGAGAUCACUUUCUCUUUGGUUUGUUUUUUUAUAUUUCCUUUCCUAAUUGCAGGUUCAGUUUAUUUCCUUCCUUUUACUUUGAAGGAAAGAAGAUUUUUCUUAUUUGUGAUCUUUUUUUAUAUAAAAAAAGAAGAGAUAUUUGGUUGUCUUGUA